AUGAUUCAUAGAUGUUCUCAAAGGCAGGCUGCCAGCUUCCAAAUAAUAUCCUACACUGUCUCUUCUACUCACCGAAUAGUUCAAGAUGGUGGUCAAGGAAAAUACAAAAAGGACCUGUCCAGAGCCCACAACACCACAGUACUCCAGGGCACAGAAGGCCAAUCCCUGAAGGUCUUGUGCCCUUACAACUCCUCGAAGCACUGGAAGCGGCGCAAAGCCUGGUGUCGCCAACUGGAUGAAGAGAGCUCCUGCCAACAGGUGGUUAAGACCCAUCAUUUAUGGAUGCUCUCCUUUCUGAAGAGGAGGAAUGGGAGCACAGCCAUCGUGGAUGAUGCCCUACGUGGCACACUCACCGUCACUCUGAGCAAUCUCCAUUCCCAGGAUGCUGGUCUCUAUCAGUGCCAGAGUCUCCGUGGCAAUAAGGUUGAUAUUCUCAGAACAGUUCUGGUGGAGGUGCUGGCCAACCCUCUUGAUCAACAAGACUCUGGAGAUAUCUGGAUUGAUGAGGAGCCCAAGACUUUUGAAGGUGCCCAGGUGGAAUACUACAGGAGCCUCUCUGAGGUGGUCUCCUCCCAGCCCUCAGCCAUGCUCCUCCUCCUGGCCUGCAUAUUUCUAAGCAAGUUUCUCAUUUCUGGAGCACUCUGGGCUGCAGUCUGGUGUGUACAGAGACCGAAGACAGCCACAUUUGACAGCCCUGACUCUGGUCAUGACCCGGAAUUUCAACUACAAGCUCUGACAGAACAGGAAGACACAUGAGAGAAGAGGACCCUGCAUUAUUGGAGAUAUUGGGAGACAUCUUCAGUUUCUACA